AAACAAGAUAGCAUGAUGGCCGAAGGACGAGAUACAGAGGUUCUUAUUGUAAAUAACGCCGAUGCCAUUCAGCCUGUCAUACAAAGACAUGGUAGUUAUAGUACAUUCAAGGCUGAUAAAUUAACAAAAAUGCAGUUAGCAGAAUAUAAAGAAGCCUUCAACCUGUUUGACAAGGAUCGCAAUGGAACCAUCUGUACCCAUGAGCUUCGCAAUGUUAUGCAUGCCCUGGGACAGUCACCAUCUGACCAAGAAAUAGCAGACAUGAUAGCUUGUUCUGAUAAGGAUGGAAGUGGUAACAUUGAUUUGAAUGAGUUUCUACAUCUCAUGACCUCCUCACAAAAGCAAAACAUGGGAGAGAUUCGUACUGCCUUCAAAAUGAUGGACAAAGACAAAGAUGGCUUCAUUUCAUUUGAUGACCUCAAACGGACAAUGACUGAAUGUAAAGAGAGCCUGUCUGAUUCUGAACUUCAAAGGAUGAUUACUGAUGCUGACAUAGACUUGGAUGGUCGUGUCUGUUAUACAGAAUUUGUCCAGUUCUUCCAAAGGGAAUACUGAUCAGCAGCAAUCAAUCCUUUCUUUGAUGUUAAAUAUUCAUAAUUAAAUUGAAGGAUAUUUCAGAUAAUUGAAAUAUUUCGUURAAUUUCCUGAAGAAACAAAUUAUUUGUAGCUUCAUUCACAAGUUCCUUAUCCAGCUCAGCACGAUUUAAAAUAUUGGUYGGAAAAAGGAAGCACCCACUACUAGUAGCUAGUAUAACACUUAUAUUUCACAAAAACACAUUUAUGAAUCAAUGUUACCUUAGAAUAAGUUAAUGCAACUGCACGUGUAGCAUUGAACAAUAAAAACAAAUUGCAACUUUAAAAAA